UAAGAUUUCUUAUUAAAGAUAUCGUUAUUAUGUCCAAUGAUCUUUAUCGUUAAAAUAUCCGUUUAAUACCUUCUGCUAUAGAUAUUAUUUGGCUUAAUACGUUGAGUGCCAUGACGAAUUCCGGAAAACCGCCCUAGGAAACCAACUUCAACCAUUUAACAUAACAUAUUGUUUUAAAUGUUUCUGACAUAUUUUUUGUCUCGUAAACUGACUUUGACUAUUUCUAAGCUCACUAGUAGCUGUCCAGUAAACUGUACAUUGGGCUCUAUGCAAAGGUUUCCCCCAUAUAACCCGCCGUCCAGUUAACUGGACAUAUAUUUUUUUACAAAAGAAAAGACAGUAACAAUUUGGUCAGGUGGUUUAAUCAAAAUUUAAAAACACACAUGAUAUUUUAAUAAAUGUAAAUAUAAGUUUAAGUAGAUUUGCCCUCAUGCCAAUCUUUAAAGCAAGGAUGCACACAAAGGCCUGGUUUUUUGCAGGACAGACGGGACAAAAAUAUCUUGUUUUUCUCGAAACUUUUACGGCUGUACACUGGCGACAUCUUCUCAUUGUGUUUUUUUCUUUUUCAGUUGGAGGAUUUGGCUCCAAAAAGUGAAAUUUGCCUCUAAUAUCUGCCUCAUUAUCCAUCACUUGCAAAUUACUUCCUUUGAUAAGGCGCAUAAUAAUCUUUUCUCUAAAGUUUAAAAGUCUUAUAUUUUCCUUUUGGUGAAGAUUGUAUAUAUAACAUGCAUUCAAUAUACAUAAAUCGAGUAAAGAUGAUCUAUAGAUAGAUCGCUGGGCAAAUAAUUGAUUUUUUUUAUAAAAAAAUAUGUUUUUUAUUACUGCAAAAUUGUACAAUAUCUAAUUUUUGUGGUGAUAUUUUACAAAACAAGUGGUGCAAAGCGUAAUGUUACAUUUUUUGCAGUAAGUAAGUGGGCGACUCUUACAAGAGGUGUAUUGGCUUCUCUUUUCCAAAAAAUGCCCCUUUUCAUCAAGUCCAACUUCAUCAGGUACGCGUGAUUUAGAGGUUGAUGGUAAGCUCAGGGGUCUACCUUUCAUAAUACUUUGUCCAUGACCAAGCUUGAGGUAGGUUACUGCAAUCUCGCGCCUAAAAUCUUUUAAAUUUAUUGAUUUCUUCCCAUUGAUUCUUCGGUAAAGCUGCAACGAAUUUAUUACUGCCAUAUCUAUCAUCCUUGUGAAUAAACACCAGUACCACUUUUUGCCUCGGAUGGCGAUGCUAUGCUUCUCCAAAAGCCAGUCAUGGUGAUCCACUCCUCCCAUAUAUUUAUUGUAGUUGUAUAUCAGUCUAGGUUGGGAAACUGGCAUGCGAGCUUUUUCCUUCCUAUUCCAGCAUGGAACUGAGGCUACUGGCUCUACGUGAUCAAAAUUAGUGGCCAUUGAAACACACUUAUUGUCAUUCCAUUUAACAAUUAGUAUUUCAUUUUUGAUGUCGAAUCUAAAAUCAUAUGAUCCACGAGGCAUUUUUUCCAGUUCCUUGGUUGAUUGUAAUGGGCACUGGGCAGUCCGAUUUUCCCUUAUCGUGCCAGUAGCUCUAAAUUUAAAUUCUUUUAGCUUGUGAAAUAGCCUAUGACUUCAAAAAAAAUUAUCAAAGUAGACGGAGUAGCUUUUUGGAUUUUCCGCAAUUGAUAGCAUUUCUACAACUGCCCUGGUACCCAAAGGCUCUUUUUGUUGAUUUUCUUCUUUUCCAGCAUAAAGUGAAAAAGAAAAUCAAUAUCCGUCUUCGCCACACAUUGCCCAUAGUUUAUAGCCAAAACGGAUUGGCUUGGCUCUAAUGAAUUAUUUUAACGAGUGCCGACCAUAAUACCUAACAAUCAUGUCAUCAAUUGACAGAUUUCCUUGAAAAAUUCCGAAUUUUUUAAAAUUAUUAUUAACUUUUUCAAAUAAUGGUCGUAUUUUAAAAUAUUUAUCAUUUGUGUUGUCUUUAGCUUUAGUAUUGUCGACAAAAUGAAUACAUGAUUUUAUUUCCAAGUAGGCAUUUCUACUCAUAGCAUUUUUCACGAUUGAUUGGCCCAAAUCGUCUUCAUCGGACCAGUAAUCUCUUUCAGAGGGUAAAGUAUGAUAGCCACUAAAUAUCAAAAAACCAAUAAAAAUCCUUAUAUUAUCUUUUGAUAUUGUAAAUCCAUGUCGAUUCUUUUGGGUAACAGCAUAGUUAGUAGUUUGUUCCCUUAUCAUGCUGUAAAUUUCAUCAUCGAAAAAGUGUCCAAAUAUGUUUACCGCAGAGGAGUCUUUUAAUGUACCUUUCAUAUCAUUCUCAGCUUAUAAAAAAUCCUGUUCGGCUGUUUGAAGAUUAUGGGUCGUAUGAAUAAAAAUGAGCAUUUAGUAUCUACUCAUGAAUUUGGAGCAAAUACUCCAUGUCAUAUGAAUAAAAAUAGGGAGCAGAUGCUCCACUUGAGUAGGUACUCUUAUGUAUAAUUUGCUGUGAGUUCAUUCUCAGUUUUCCUAUGAAUAAAAAUUUGUUGAUGCUCCUCGGAAGGAGAAUGUACUCCACAAUUUUGGAGUCUGAUAUAUAGCAGACUUCAGUUUGUCUACGGCAGAACUAUGGCUGAGUUCAUUCUUAAUUUGCGUUCUACAAAAUAUUACAAACCUAGAAGGCGUACCUGUGAUCGUGAUUUUAAAGUGUUAUAUCGAUUUACUAGAGAACAUGUAGAGUGGAUAUCAAAUCACUUUUUGGGUACAGAAUCUGGAGAAAGAAGAGGUGGUGCUAUAAAUAACAUUGAUAAAAUGAAAAUAUUUUUGAGAUACGUUGGUGAUCCGGGUUUCCAAUCAGGGGUAGGAGAAGAUGUUGGUGUUCAUCAAAGUUCUGUCUCAAAAGUAGUGACGGAAGUUACUGAGAAGCUAAUAGAAAAAUGUGGUCUGUGGAUAAAAUUUCCUCACACUGCUGCCGACAUAAUAGAGGCGAAACAAAAGUGGCAAUCAAAUUAUUCUUUUCCUUGUGCAUUGGGCGUGAUAGACUGUACCCACAUAAAAAUAAAAAAGCCACCUAUUUAUAGCGACGAAUACAUUAAUCGCAAAGGAUAUCACAGCAUUAAUGUCCAAGCCACAUGUAAUUCAGAUGAGUGGUUUACAAGUGUAGACGCUUCAUGGCCAGGAUCUGUUCACGAUUCACGGAUUUCGAGCAAUUCAAAAAUUUCAAAUAUUGCGAGGAAUGAUUUUCAUAGGUCGCAAGCACUACUCUUAGGAGAUGAAGGAUAUGGUAUAGCACCGUGGCUAAUGGUACCUUUUAGAAAUCCUAAUACACCACAAGAACGUGCUCAUAAUAAUUUAUUUACAAAGGAACGUGUAAUAAUUGAAAGAUGUUUUGGUCAACUAAAACAACGAUUUCCGAUGCUACAAUAUAAAGUGCGGGUAUCCAUAGAAAAAGUUCCAAAAUUUGUCAUAUGCUGUUGUAUAUUACACAAUGUAGCAAAAUAUUUAAAAGAUGAGCUAGAUCCUAUGGAGCUCCCAUUAGAAGAUAUCCCACUUGCGUAUCCGGCAGAAGAGGAGUUGGAUAAUAAUAAUAUUAGAAGAAGCGGGCAACGGAGGCGAUCUGAGUUAGCAGAUGUCAUUCUUGCUCUCGCUUGAAGUGCAUGUUGUACUGUACUAAUAGCAUCAUCAUUUGCUGCACUCGUUUCAGGAGCAGAAGUUGAUUGCCUAGGGAUUGUAUCUUCAUGGCCGAUUUUCGUCUCUGUUUGUUGUAUGCCCACGGAUAAUGCUCCUAAAAUGAAAAAUUAAGUAAAUAUUCAUACAGUUUCUAUAUUAAA